UCGAGGGAAAUAAGUUUGAAGACGAGCCGCGGGCGGCAGGAUCUCUCGCGUCCUCUCUGCUCAGUCCAAAUGCGGAGCAACUUUUUUUUCUUCUUUUUUUUUUUUAAUUAUCCCAUCUCUUAACACACAUUUAUUGCGAAGUUGAGUUGUGCUUUGGAAUAUAUAUAUUUAUUUUUUUAUGUCAAAGUAACUUUUUUUUUAAUUGUCGUAUUUCCAAGGUCUGGCGAUCGGGGGUGGGGGACUGAAUUAGCGCCGAGUCGAGCAAAUUCCCAGCGGCCCCGCAGUGCAUCCUGUCCGGGGAGAGGUUAAGCGGCAACGCCGUCGGACGUUAAUUGCGACAAAACCCGAGGACUGAAAACCGACUCGUAAGGAAGUGCAAUCUGUUGAACUUGCCAAAUGCAUGUGAAGGAGAUCCGCUGGAUAUGAGCUGCAGGGCUGACAGAGGACUUGACAGCCCGGACUCCGGGUUGCCCCCGAGCCCGAGCCCCAGCGCCUGGCUGCUGCCCGCGUGUGCGAACAAACCCGGGGGCGUGAGCCCGGUGUCUGAAGACGAGGGAAGGGGCUCUUUGGUUCCAGUUUUAAUCUCUGGCUCUUUCCAGCAGCUGCACCCAUUGUCCUACGGGGAAGGCAUAGCACUUGAUCCAUUACCGUCGAAGGAAAUGAGAUUUACCUCAUCCGUGCACUACAACUCGGACCGGCACUUCAUCCAGGGUGUGGCCUUGCAGCCUACGGGCCAGGGCCUUGAACACUGCAGGCAGACCAUUAUGGCCGUGCCCCACAGCACCUGGCGCCACUACAAGACACAGCUGGAUUUCCAGCCUCGCCACCGGCCACAGUACUUCAAGAGUACCACCAUUGUAUACCCCAAGAAAACCAGUUCCCUCUACACCACAGAGCUGAGCUACGACUGCCACCGACUAUCCAAGCGUUUCUUCUCCAGUGUGGAGCUGGAGGCGGCGGACCGCAGAGAGCUACCUCAGUGAGGGAGGGGACAGGUGGCUGGAGACGCACAGCCCCUAUACUGUAGCUGCCCCAAAGCUGGCUGUUUUUGACCUGCUGUGUUGUCUUUGUACAGUUGUGUAGCCUGUUUUGUUUCCUUCUUUUUAAGAACCCUUUCAAGCUGUGGACAGGAAGCCCCUGUGCUGUGAUGUUACGGAUAUUAGAGAUGACCAAACAUGAACAAAGUGGCUAAAAUGUCCAUUCAGUCCAUGUCUUUGUCGUUCUAUUCCUGAUGAGGAUUUUUCAUUUAAAUGCUUCACUUUGCUGCUUGUUGGUUUCCAGAGGCAUGCUCACAUUUCAUUUUUUUUGUUUUACUGGCAGAAAGAUUGACUCGUGUGGUCAUGGAUGAAGAGAAUACUUAUUUGCCCCCCAGCAUAUACUCUUGCAUCAAGUUGGUCGAGUAUGUAGAGUUUAAACAGAAAGGCCUGUCGGAUCAAAUUAUUUGUUUGCGAUCAUCGAGAUUUCUUAAAAAAAUUGUUAUCUUAGUAUAUGGUUCAAAGCUACUCGUAUGUAAGGCAGAGGAAGGGCAACUGAAAUGUGCUUGAGUUUGGCUGCAUGGUAAGAAAUCACUACUUUAUUCCACACUGUACGAAGGAUGUGGUGAAAAUACUUAAUGCAUGUUUUUGUUUGUUCACAGGGUAUUGUGUGUUUCUGCACAACAGACACAAGCUAAGCGCUUCUCGAGCCUUCUCUUUGACCACUGUAUAUGGCUGCGAUUCUUAAUGUAUUAUGAAACUGUUCAUACAUUUUCUGUUUUUGUUGGGAUGUGUUAGCGUAAACAAACCAAUUAAAUAGAUGGUAUGGAUGGAUCAUGAGUGUGGAGUUUACUGCAAAGUGGAUAUUGUUUUUGAUAUCACUCACUGGCUUAGUAGACAAAAUAACAAGCUGCAUUCCACUGCCUUCACUUUCUUUGGCUUGACUUGGAUUGAAAUUGUAUUUAUUCUGUUAGACUUUGAUGUUCAGGAUUUUAUCAGCUGUUUAACGGGUCCAUUCAGUCAGGCAAGGGCUAUUUUUGUGAUGCCCUUUGUGCCAUUUUACUGUGGCUGAUUAAUUCCUUUUUUUGAUAAUGGCCACUUUUGAAAUGUUCAUCAGUUCAAAUUGUUUGUGUUUUAAGAGGAGGUAUUGCGUCUUUUUUUUAUUUUUUUUUUAUUUUUUUUUAAGAUUUCAGCAGAAAGUGAAAAUUGUCAUUUUGGCAUUCAAAUUGGCUAAAAGGGAAUGACCACAGGAAUGUAGUGUAUACAAUAAACUGUUUACAUGUUUUUUGGGUUAUCAAAUGAUUUUACAUUCUACUACAAAAGCGAACAGUUUUUAAUGCAUUGAUUGAAUGCCACGAAUAAAAUGCCUUGCUAAUACAUUGAAA